CUUACCUGCAAGAUCUUGGAAUUCAGACAUUUUGGAGGGUUGACCGGCACUGCGGCCCUGCCUAUCAAGUUGUCCGCGGCGCAAGACCUGCGGCGGCGGAAGUUGAUGGGCAAGGUCGGUGCAGGGUUGAUGGUAGUAUUGCUAUUCAUGGCCAUAACUUCCUCAACAUCAGCUGAAACCAUUGCUGCAUCGCCACUCAUUACAUUCGACAUCUACAAGGCAUAG